UGGCGCAAUAGUUGCAAAACUCCUUGAAAAACAUUUAUAGGAAUUUUGGAAAACAUAACAUAACUUAAAUAGGCUUAAAAGUUAAAAGUUCAUCGGUAACAAAUCGUCUGGUCCCGGUCACUGCAGCUCGCCGUCCUGACUCACGAGUCUACUCUGUGCCCACUGCCCAGCGCCCAGCGGAAGAGCGGCCGCCCAGAUACUGAGGCAAGGCAAACCAUGAGUUUCUUCUUACACUGAGAAAACCCUUGGCUGACAAAAUGACUUCUGCAAAUCCAUCAUUAGCCAAGGAAAAGGUGGCUGGUCUUGUGAACGAUUUUCUGUGUGUUGAGGCCGUCGAGGAAGCACUAAACAGCUACCUGGUGCACCAUGAUGAGAAUGAGAACUCCAAGCUGCAGACCUUUGAGCAGGAGCUGUCACGGCUUCUGGUCAGCACACAGCAGGAGGAGCAGGAGCAAAUACUGCUGGCCUUUAUUGGUCAGGUGUCCGAGCAGUCGGGCAAGCGGAUGCGGAAGCUGCUCGCCGUUCUGGAGCGCUGCGUUCUCUCGGGAGCACUGCCUGCCAAGCUUCUGUGCGAUAACCUGCUCGAAAACAAACAGCUGGCCGUGAGCCGUCGAGACCUCUGGACGGAGACGUUCCUGCUGCUACGCAGAAUCGUCCACAAGGUCGACUACAAGGGCGUGCGCGAAAUAAUGAAGCUCUGCCUGGAUCGGGCUCGCCAGCUGCCGGCGGACAUUGGUGACGACAUGUCGGACCAGUUCCACGCCAUCUACGGCGUCAUACAGCACAUCUUCGACCGGGAGGCGGCCCUGCUGCCGGCCUACUUCAUCGUCAACGAGAUCAUGCGCUCCUACCCGGACUGCAAGGGGUUCCCGCACUGGAAGCUGGCCGGCCUGUUGGAGGGGUUCAUCGGAUCGUUCCGCAGCACGGCACAGAUGGUGACCAUCAUGGGACGCCAGUACAUGCUGCCCAUCGUCGAGCACGCCGUUCAGCCGGCCAACUCGUGGAAACUGGACCCCGUCACGCUGCGGUUCCAGGUGAAGGGAAACCUGCCGUACGAGCGGGCGGUGCUGCAGCCACAGAAGGCGCUCCUGAUGUACAUUGUGCGUCAGCCCUACAGCCGAGAGAUGGUCUGUUCCGUGCUCGGACUGCAGAAACAGCACAAGCAGCGCUGCCCGACUCUGGAAGACGUUCUCGUGGACCUGAUCGUGACUUCCAUGGAGCAACUGGAAGCCAACACCACGGACGACUUCCGGGAGCGGGCCGCCCAGCUGUGGCAACACAUCUCGGCUCAGCUCAUCUAUUUCGUCGUGUUCUACUUUGCCGACUUCUCCCAGCUGAUGUUGAAACUGCGCACUAAGCUGACGGGACGGAAAUGGGACAACAGCAGAGAUCACCUGAUGUGGAUUCUCCUUCACUACAUCUCCGGGAGCAUAUCAAAAAAUGCGCUGUCGGGCUUCCUGCCGCUGCUCGGCCUGCUGAAGGACCUGUACGCGGCAGACGCCGGCGCGGCGCCCGUGCCCGACUGGAAGCGCGCAGACGCCGCCAUCCAGAUGGCCGCCGUCAGCAUCUGGACGCACCUGCAGAAGAAGGCGCAGGCUGAGAAGGUGGAGCUGCCCAUGCGCGCGCUGCCCACGGCCCUCCAGCCGCGCCUGGAGCUGCUCCACCAGCUGGCCGCCAUGGGACGGCCCACGGCGCUCGAGCGCGACUUCCGGCUGGCGCUGGUCUGCAACGUGGAGAACAUGCAGAACGUGCUCACUGAGGCAAUCAUGGGCGGAGGUCAGCAGCGGACCACGGUCAGCAUGCCGGGCACCAACUGCACGGCCAGCGCGCCCACCCAGCCGCUCAGCAUGGCCAUGCUCGACUCGCUCACCAUCCACGCCAAGAUGUCGCUCAUCCACUCUAUCUCGCACCACAUCAAGAUGGCGCCGCAGCAGCACAAGAUGGGCGGCGCCACGGUGGCUCUGCCGCCGGCGCUGAUUGAGACCUACUCCCGGCUGCUCGUCUACCCCGAGAUCGACACGCUGGGCAUCAAAAACCUCACCAGUACCCUGCUGCCGACCGUGUUCAAGGCGCAGGCUCUGGGCAUCCUACACACUCUGCUGGAGAUGUUCUGCUGCCGACUGCGGCACGUGCAGCCCCACUACCGGCUCACCCUGCUCAGCACGGUGCACAGUCUGUCCAACGCUCCGCAGACCAACCAUACGCAGAUGCACCUCUGCCUGGAGAGCACUGCACUGCGCAUCAUUUCCGGUCUGGGCAACUCUGAGAUCCCUGCGCAGCUGGCGCGGUUCAUCAACGAGCCCAAGUCGAUCGUGUCGUCCGACUCUGAGGAGCUGAACCGGGCGCUGGUGCUGAGCAUAGUGCGCGCGCUACACAUCACAGGCUGCGACUCCCGGCCAGGUAACGACGGCGUCACGGGUCUGGUGUGGUGCCGCGAGAUCCUCAGCGCCGUGCUGCAGGCCACGCCGCACGGCUGGCCGCGACACACGCUCGAGCGGUUCCCGGCGCCCGUGCGCGAGCUAUUCGCCCAGUACGGCGGCCAGCGCGACGACAAACAGCAGCUCAAGAGCAUGGUGAAUGAGGAGUACCGCAAGUACAUGUCGAUGAACAACGAGAACGACAUAAUCGGCCACUUCACCAUCCAGGGACCGCAGCCGUUCUUCGUGUGCCUCCUGUGGCAGAUGCUGCUCGAGACCAACCGCAUCACCAGCAUCGCAUACAAGGUUCUGGAGCGCGGCGGUCCCAAGGCACUCACCGUACACAUCCGCACGUUCUGCGACUACCUGAUCCACGUGCUCAGCACCUCCACUGACGGCGCCUUCUUCAAGAAGUGCGUGGACGGCGUACACAAGCUGGUCUGGACGUACAACAUCGUCCCCAUCGACCGGCUCAUCCUCUGUCUGGUACUCCGCCCGAACGAGGCAAACGAGCUGCGGCUGUGCUCGAUCCUCAUCCAGCGGCUCAUGCUGACACCACCCUCUGAGUUCAUCGAGCGAGUGCGCAAGUUUGUCGCCGAGAACGACCCGCGCUACUGGGAGCAGGACAACUGGCACGAGAAGCACUUGGCGUUUCACUCGGCGUUCCCGGAGCGGUUCGCGCCCGACGACGUGCUGGCCGAACAACAGGGCAAGAGCGCGCAGACCUACCAGAGCCUGCCGGUCUACUUCAGCAACGUGUGCCUGCGCUUCCUGCCCGUGUUCGAUCUGAUGAUCCAGCGCUUCCUCGAGUGCCCGCACAUGCUCGGCGACUCGAUCGGACUCAUCCUGGACCAGAUGGGCAGUCUCUACAAGUUCCACGAGCGGCCGGUGACGUUCCUCUACAACACGCUGCACUACUACGAGCGGCCUCUCUCCGAGCUGCCCAACAUCAAGCGCAAGCUGGUGACGGUGGUGAUCCAGUCGCAGGCGGACGUGCGGCCCAAGGGCUGGUGCCUGACGGAGGAGUUCGAGACGUACCUGAGCAGCGCGCCCGCCGCCGAGGAGCGCGGCGACGCGCCGUGGCGGCCGCAGCUCGACUACUACCGCCGGCUGCUCGACCGGCUGGUGGACACGCUGGCAGAGCGGCCCGCCUUCCCCAGCCUCGAGUGGCGCUUCAACGAGUUCCCCAACGCCAGCGCGCACGCGCUCUACUGCAGCUGUGUGGAGCUGAUGGCGCUGCCGGUGGCGCCGGCAGAGGCCGUCUCCAGCCUGCUGGAGGUACUGCUCACUGGGUACGUGACGGUGCCGCGCGCGCAGCUGUCGAGCUGGUUCAACGCGCUGGGCGUGCUGCUGGCCUGGCUGCCGGAGCCGUACUGGCGCGCGCUGACGGAGCGCGUCCUCUCGGCGCUGUCCGCCCUGCCGGCCGACGCCGACCCGUUCGAGGAGCUGCGCCUGGAGGCGCGGCUGGCCGUCCUGCAGUGCACUGAGCCGCUGCUGCUGCUGGCCGCAUCGCACGCCUUCUGGAACCACGCCACGCAGGGCCAGAUCGCUGCGCUCCUGGCGGGCCUGCGCACCAGACUGCGCGAGACGGUUCGCACCGAGACCCAGUUCAUAUACGUGUGCCACCUGGUGGCGCCGUUCCUGGACCGUCUGAACACGACGUCCGUGUUCGAGCUGACCAAGACGCUGUACGACAUGUUGGAGGAGGUGGACCGGGCCAGCGGAGAGCUGCGCUACAUAGACGAGAUCAGCGAUCUGCUCUACCACGUCAAGUACAUGCACACGGGCGACUCGACCAAGGCGGAGGCGGAGCGGGUCAUCCGCGCGCUGCGACCCGCCCUGCAGCUGCGGCUCCGGUUCAUCACACAUCUGAACCUGGAUGAGAUCCCUGGGCUGGACGAGCAGCAGCAACAGCAGCACCAUCAACUUCAGCAGCAACAACAGCAGCAGCAGCAGCAUCAUCAACAGCAGCAACAGCAGCAGGAUCAGCAGCAACAGCAGAAACAACAGCAGCAGCAACAACAACAACCACAGCAUCACCAGCAGCACCAGCAGCAUCAGCAGUCCAUGCUGCAGCCGUCGCCAGUCUCCCAGUGACGUCAUUAUGUGGCUCCAGCUGGCCGUCACGGGCAGCGGCGGGCCUGACCCAGUGGUGGUAUAAUGCCCGCGGACCUGUGCUACGGAUAGAGCCGCGACCACGGGCACGCUGCCUCAUAACAAUGCCAACUCAGCAGCUGCAGUCGUGACUGCCGAGUGUUCAGGGUGGGUGCCGCUCCUUUUGUAUUCAUUUGUUCAUUCAUCCUGUCUUUGCGCCUCAGUCGAAGUGUUUGCGGUGUGUUAACGAUGUCGCGUGAUGUAUGUAUUUUUGUACGCGAAAAGGUGUGUGAGUUCGGUGUGUCUGCUGAGCUUGUUGUCGCGUUGUGCGUGCCCCAGUGAGGUGUGCGGUCGGAUCUCAGCGCUGCCUGUGGCCGCCCCACCGUCCGUCAGAAGUUUCCGGAAUGGAGAAACAAGGGGUGUGACACACUUACGAAGACUAUCGUGUGUGAGUUUUAGACCUGAAUUGAUGUAAAUGUUAUCCGCCAAUUUAUUUUCACUGUUGGUUUUGUAUUAAUAGCUAUGUCGGAUACGGUACGGCCCGUGACACGAGAUGCGUUGUCCAUUAGCUAUUAACAGAAUGUUUCAAGUGAAACAUUCUGUUGUUAGCUAAUGAUCCACCGGUGGAAUGGUCAUGCAUAUGCUGAUUGUGUCAUCCUUUUUUUUCUUGAAAACCGCCUGGAAAGUCGUGACGACGGGCAAGUCUCGAUACAUCUGAUUUGCCAUAUCUUGUUCUGUUGGUACGCAUGGUCUGGGAAUGACAGUACUGUGCUAUGUUUGUGGCCACUGUCCCGUUCCGGCGAGCCAUCACUGACGAACAGCCAGUUCCGUAGUGAUGCCGAACGGUCGGCAUCCAGCAUCUUCACCGAGCCGGUGAACGGUGCAAAUACACUGUUGUUAAUAGA